UCAUGCAACACAGCACAUACAGUAUGCUUUGGAACUACUUUAACCAACUGUACAUAAGGAUCUACUACUGAGAAGAAGAUGACUAGUAACUACUAUCCUUACUCCAAGUUCACUCGGGUGUGGAUCCCCGACCCAGACGAGGUCUGGAAGGCAGCAGAGAUCACCAAAGACUACAAGGAGGGAGAUCCCAUUCUGCACCUCAAACUAGAGGAUGAAACGCCUCUGGAAUAUCCCAUUAGUCCCAAGAAUAACCCUCUUCCUUUCCUACGAAAUCCCGACAUCCUGGUUGGAGAGAAUGACCUCACAGCUCUCAGCUACUUGCAUGAACCUGCAGUCCUACACAACCUUAAAGUUCGUUUCCUGGAGUCCAACCACAUCUACACAUACUGCGGAAUUGUGCUUGUUGCCAUCAACCCCUAUGAACAGCUACAGAUUUAUGGGGAGGAGGUCAUCAAUGCUUAUACUGGCCAAAACAUGGGAGACAUGGACCCACACAUUUUUGCUGUGGCUGAGGAGGCAUACAAGCAGAUGGCCAGAGACGAGAGGAACCAGUCCAUCAUAGUGAGUGGGGAAUCUGGGGCAGGGAAGACCGUCUCUGCAAAGUAUGCCAUGCGCUUCUUCGCCACAGUGGGGGGGUCAGCUAAUGACACAAAUGUUGAGGAGAAGGUGCUGGCCUCCAGUCCUAUCAUGGAGGCUAUUGGAAAUGCAAAAACAACUCGAAAUGACAACAGCAGUCGGUUUGGAAAGUACAUUCAGAUCUGUUUUAGCAGGCAUUACCACAUCAUAGGUGCCAACAUGCGCACAUAUCUUCUGGAGAAGUCUAGAGUUGUUUUUCAGGCAGAGGAUGAGAGGAAUUACCACAUAUUCUACCAGCUCUGUGCUUCCUCCAGUUUACCAGAGUUCAAAGACCUCGGCCUCACCAGUGCAGAAGACUUCACAUACACAUCUUUAGGAGAAAAUAUUUUCAUUGAGGGAGUGAAUGAUGCUGAAGACUUGAUAAAAACAAGAGAAGCCUUCACACUACUGGGUAUAAAAGAUAACAAUCAAAGCAGUAUUUUUAAAAUUAUUGCAUCCAUCCUGCAUCUUGGCAACGUAGAGAUCUGUUCAGAGAGAGACGGGGAGUCCUGCCACAUCUCAGGUAACGAUCCCCACCUUAAACAUUUCUGCAGGCUUCUUGGUGUGGAGCUGCAGCAAAUGGAGCACUGGCUCUGCCACAGGAAGUUAGUCACCGCAUCAGAGACAUAUGUCAAGAACAUGUCCUGCAAACAGGCAGCUAACGCUCGUGAUGCUCUUGCCAAACACAUCUACGCUCGCAUGUUUGACUGGAUAGUUGAACACAUUAAUGUGGCUCUGCACACAUCCUCCAAACAGCACUCCUUCAUUGGGGUUUUGGACAUUUAUGGGUUUGAAACCUUUGAAGUGAACAGUUUUGAGCAGUUCUGCAUUAACUAUGCCAACGAGAAACUUCAACAGCAGUUCAACUCGCACGUGUUCAAAUUGGAGCAGGAGGAGUACAUGAAGGAACAGAUCCCCUGGACAUUGAUAGACUUCUACGAUAAUCAGCCCUGCAUUGACCUGAUUGAGGCGAAACUGGGCAUUCUGGAUUUGUUGGAUGAAGAGUGCAAAGUGCCAAAGGGAACAGACCAGAACUGGGCCCAGAAGCUGUAUAAGCAGCACUCCAGCAGCGCUCACUUUCAGAAACCACGCAUGUCCAACACCUCCUUCAUCAUCAUACACUUUGCUGAUAAGGUUGAAUAUCAGUGUGAGGGUUUUCUGGAAAAGAACAGAGACACUGUCUACGAGGAGCAGAUCAACAUUUUGAAAGCCAGUCAGUUUCAGCUUGUGGCAGAUCUGUUCCAUGAGAAAGAGGACGGACCGGCCCAAAAAUCCUCCAGAGUCAACGUCCGUUCAGCCAAGUCCGUUCCAAAAGCUCCCAACAAAGAGCACAGGAAGACCGUAGGCCACCAGUUCCGCAACUCACUUCACCUUCUCAUGGAGACGCUGAAUGCCACGACACCUCAUUAUGUCCGCUGCAUCAAGCCUAAUGAUUAUAAGGAAGCAUUCUCGUUUGACUCGAGGCGAGCAGUGCAGCAGCUCAGGGCAUGUGGGGUUCUGGAGACGAUCCGCAUCAGUGCAGCUGGAUAUCCUUCAAGAUGGACGUACCCGGAUUUCUUUAACAGAUACCGAGUCCUGAUGAAAAAAUCAGACAUGACUGUAGCAGACAAGAAGCUGGUGUGUAAGAAUCUGCUGGAGACGCUGAUUAAGGAACCUGACAUGUUCCAGUUUGGUAAGACCAAGAUCUUCUUCAGAGCCGGUCAAGUAGCCUAUUUGGAGAAGCUGAGGGCCGACAAGUUCCGUGCGGCAUGCAUUAAGAUCCAGAAGACAGUGCGAGGGUGGUUGCAGAGAGUUCGAUACCGCAAGAUUAGAAAGUCUGCUAUCACUAUUCAGAGAUAUGGACGAGGAUACCUGGCCCGCCGAUACGCUGAGUACCUGCGCCUCACUCGUGCUGCCAUCAUCUGUCAGAAACAGUAUCGUAUGGUGAGAGAUCGACGGGCGUAUCUGAGAGUGAGGCAGGCUGUUAUCACCAUCCAGGCCUACACCAGAGGGAUGUACACACGCAGGAUUUACUGGGAGUUCUUGCUGCACCACAAGGCUAUGAUUAUUCAGAAGACCGUCCGCGGCUGGCUGCAGAGGAAGAAAUUCAGAAGAGCACGAGAUGCUGCCAUCAUUAUCCAGUGCGCAUUCAGACGGAUGCGAGCAAAACGACAACUUAAACAACUCAAGAUCGAAGCAAGGUCUGCUGAACAUCUGAAGAAGCUCAACACUGGAAUGGAAAAUAAGAUCGUGCAGCUUCAGAGGAAGAUGGAUGAGCAGACCAAGGAGUACAAGUCACAGACUGAGCAGCUGUUGUUGGCGAAUACUACUCUGGGUACAGAGGUGAACAAGCUGCAGAAGGAGCUGGAGCAUGUCCGGAGUCAACAAGGUGAUGGCAAUCAGAUAACCUCCCUUCAGGAUGAGCUGGAGAGGCUGAGGGCGGAGCUGCGGGAGGCGUAUGCUCAGAGGAAGAGAUUGGAGGAGGAGCACAACAGCGAGAAACUAGGUUUGACGCAGAGGGUGGAGGAGCUGGAGAGGGAAAAUUCUUUGCUUAAAAGUGAAAAGGAAGAGAUGAACCAAAGGAUUCUGCAGCACUCCAAGAGCACUGAAGAUGAGGAAAGCAGCGUGUCUCAGAAAGAAGCAUCUUUGCAGUCUGAGUUGGAUGACGAGAGACAGCGCUACCAGAAUCUCCUCAAAGAGUUUUCCAGACUAGAGCAGAGAUAUGAAAACCUGAAGGAGGAGGUCUCCCUGACCAAGUUCCACCCGGGCCACAGGAGGAAUCCAUCCAAUCAGAGCAGCCUGGAGUCUGACUCUAACUAUCCCUCUGUCUCCACCUCAGAGGUUGGAGAUACUGAAGACUCUAUUCAGCUGGUGGAGGAGAUGGGAGUGGAAAAGGCUGCAAUGGACAUCAGCCUGUUCAUGAAGCUGCAAAAACGAGUCAGAGAGCUGGAGCAGGAGAGGAAGAGACUCCAGAUGAAUGUUGACAAGAUGGAGGAGCUUGUCAAACACAAGAGCACUGAACCAAGAAGUCCUACCUCUGAGCAGGAGACUGCAGAUCUGACUUACAAUAACCUCAAGAGACAAGAGCUGGAGACAGAGAACAAGAAACUUAAGAAUGACUUAAACGAGCUGAGGAAGACCAUAGCUGAGCGCGCGUCCCAAAACAGCUCAUCGAAUGAGCUCCAGGACAGUUACAACCUCCUGCUCAGUCAGCUGAAGUCGGCCAAUGAGGAGCUGGAUGCACGUAAGGAGGAAGUGCUGAUUCUCAGGACUCAGAUAGUCAGCACGGCCCAGCAACAAGAGAAGAAUGGCCAUAUACAGGAAAGUAAUAAUAUGCCUGAACUGAACAACAGUAAAGAGCCGAUCGACAAAGAAGAGGCAGUCAAAGCAUAUCAUGGACUGUGCGAGUCCAAAAAUAAAACACAGGACUGGGGUUAUUUGAAUGAAGAUGGAGAGCUGGGUUUGGCUUACCAGGGGCUAAAACAAGUGGCCAGGCUGUUAGAGGCCCAACUUCAGUCUCAGUCCAGACAACACAAGGAUGAACUUGAAGCACUUCACACCCAGAUCGAAUUGCUGAAAGGUGACAUUGAGAAGAAGCAGGAAAUACUGAACUACACCAUGUCCCUGUCGCCAGAGGCCCAGGUGGAGUACAGCAUCCAGCAGGAGAUCACACGCCUCACUAAUGACAACCUGGAUCUGAAAGAACUGGUAGAGAAACUGGAAAAGAAUGAGAGGAAGUUGAAGAAGCAGCUGAGGAUCUACAUGAAGAAGGUCCAGGAGCUUGAAGCUCUGCAGGCCACCACAGCUCAGGUCAGCAAGGCUAAACCUGAACUCAGCCGUCAAGUCACAGUGCAGCGGAAAGAGAAAGAAUUUGAGGGGAUGCUGGAGUACUGCAAAGAGGACGAGGCCCUGUUAGUCAAAACUCUGAUUACUGACAUCAGGCCCAGCACGGUGUCAGCUACAGUCCCGUGCCUUCCAGCAUACAUUCUCUUCAUGUGCAUUCGCCAUGCAGACUACAUCAAUGAUGAUCAGAAGGUGGAGGCUCUCCUCACCUCCACAAUUAACGCCAUCAAGAAGGUCCUUAAGAAAAACAACGAUGACUUUGAGAUGACAUCCUUCUGGCUGGCCAACACAAGUCGCCUCCUUCACUGUCUGAAACAGUAUAGUGGAGAUGAGGUGUUCAUGACUCAGAACACUCCCAAACAGAAUGAACACUGCCUGAAAAACUUUGACCUGGCAGAGUACAGGCAGGUACUGAGUGACCUCUCCAUCCAGAUCUACCAGCAGCUCAUUAAGGUGGCAGAAGGCAUCAUACAGCCCAUGAUCGUGUCAGCCAUGCUAGAGAGUGAAAGCAUCCCGAGCCUGGCCGGGGUGAAGCCCAUGGGCUACAGGAACCGCUCCUCCAGCAUGGACAACGACGGCUCUGGCCCCAGCAGCUACACCCUGCAGGCCCUCAUCAGGCAGGUCGGACAGUUUCACGGCAUCAUGUGUGACCACGGCCUCGACCCUGAGAUCAUCGGCCAAGUCGUCCGGCAGCUCUUUCACUGCAUCAACGCUAUCACCCUCAACAACCUGCUGCUCCGCAAGGACGUCUGCUCCUGGAGCACCGGCAUGCAGCUCAGGUACAAUACAAGUCAGAUGGAGGAGUGGCUCAGAGGAAAUAACCUGUACCACAGUAAAGCUGCAGCCACUCUGGAGCCCAUCAUCCAGGCUGCUCAGCUGCUGCAGGUCAAGAAGAAAACCUCCCAGGAUGCCGAGGCUAUCUGCUCCCUCUGCACUGCCCUCACCACGCAGCAGAUUGUUAAAAUCCUCAACCUUUACACACCGCUGAAUGAAUUUGAGGAAAGAGUCACUGUGUCUUUCAUUCGUAACAUUCAGAAUCGUCUCCAGGACAGAAAUGAUCCCCCACAGCUUUUGGUGGACACCAAGCAAACGUUCCCUGUCCUCUUCCCAUACACUCCCUCUGCUCUCAGCCUGGAGACGCUGCACAUUCCUGCCUCCCUCAGUCUGGACUUCCUCAGCAGAGUCUGACACAAACCUCUGCAUGAACUUGCUACACGUAACAACAGCCCUAAAGAGGUCCGAGGAUGGAGAGAGACAAACUUACUGAAAAUGGUUUUUAUGGUCUUGGCUUUCUCUGACAAUCUGAAGCCUCACUGAUGUCUUUAUGAGUGAGAGAGGCUUUUCGUUAACCCAGUCAGGCACAUUUUCUCUUUGUUUUGGGUUAAUUUGACCACGCAGGAAUCACAGAUGGGUGUGAAUAAGUCAGGUUUAUCAAAGGACAUCAGAGAUUUUCUAUACAGAACUGAAUCGAUGAUCACUCAUAAGCUAAUUUUCCACGUGCCUCAAAUUUCUCCAAAAGCAGAGACCAGCAGAGCAGCUCUGCAAUGCGGAGCAGAUUACAUCCCACUGUGUCUCAUGCCUUGAGGACUUCUCUGUCCUCAGUGUACCCCUUCACCGUACCCACAGAUUUUCCUCUUCUGCAUCAGAGCUGAUAUAUUCCAUUAUGUGGUUCCUCUGCAGUCCAUGAUGCAAACCAGACCCUGAUGGUCCAGGUGAACCUGUGUGUUCAGGCCUGGCCUCAUUAAGUAAAGUUUGGACAGAACAAUGGAAGUUUAAUGCAGGUCUGACCAAUGAAAGUUCAAAGAAGGAAAAUGAAAGUGUGUAGCAGCUGCUGAUCUUAAAAAAGAUGCAAAGUGUGAAAUUUCAGGAAAGUCGAAGAGGUGUUUGAAGGGAGACAAACUCUGGAGGUGCUGUAAGUCGUGAGUUAAAAGACAGACAGUUAAGUGUGUUGUGUUGCUGCUGCUAUCCUCUGUUUGUGGAUCCAUAAUACUGAGUCAAGAUUAUACUCAAUUCUGCCAACCUUGUACAGAUAAAGUAAGGAAUCAAAAGUUAAAAAAAAACAAACUACUUUUGCUGCUUUUCUUCUGUGUCCUUUUGUCCUGCCUUGUCUGUCCACAGUGAUCAUCUCCUCUGUUUAAAAUGCCAAUCACCUGGAUGUGUACAAUAAUACACAUUACACUGUCAUUUUAUCUCAUGAUUUGACUGUGUGAAUAUGCAUGUGGAAAAUCCUUUCACUGGGACAUUUUCUAUUCUUUGGCUCAUUUGGAGCAUUUUUCCUUUUCUGAUCUUUACAACCUCCUGAUGACACUAAUUGCUAAAUAGUCAAAAGACAAAUCUGAUAUUCAGGUAGGGCCACUCUGCUGCCCCCUGCUGUCAGCUACAAGCACAGUUUUCUACAAUCAGAUUACAUUACUCAGAGACUGUUGCUGAUAGUAGCAUUAGGUCUGAGAAUAACGUCUUGCACUUGUAGAUAUCAUUACAAAUAAACACACUAGAUUUAGAGCAUAUCUGUGCCAUUCAGAGUGAACACAUCUAUAUUGUGUGAGUGAAGUACUACUGAAUGCUGUGUAUCUGAAGACGUAUAUGAAUGUUGUGUGGAAAAAAGCUAUCACUGGAUCAUUAAACACUUUGAUUACACACAUGGCUACUUCAUAUAUAUCAUACAUAGUUAUAAAUUCAGAAUCCCUCAACUUCUUAGUAGUUUCAUGUACUAUCAUCUCGUCAUCUCUGGUUUUGUAACAGUUCUUACAAUGCCUAUUUUACAAUGAAGUUCUUGAGAUUGAAACAGCCAGGUUUGUUGAUGGUGUUGGAAACAAUGUAAAUGUACAUAAAUGUCACUAAAUGAAGUACAAAGUUAUGACUGUAUUUCAGAGAAUAUAUUUUGAACAGGAAGUAACAAUGACUCAGAAAUACAAAUGUUUUUUAUGGUAAUUAAUUCAUAGUUUGAUCUCAUACACAUCUGCAGUCUUCCCAUCUUCAUCAUGAUCGUCACUGAAAUGAUUUGCUUUUGUUUUCAUGCACAAUGUAAUAUAUCAGUUGCCUUUACAACUGUUUUUUGAAGACAAAUAAAUAGGAAGAGCAGAUAAUCACCUCUGCCUGCAAA